CCCCCCCCUUUGCAUGUGCCGAUGAAAAUAAAAAAUAACCUCAAAAAUUGCUUUCUUCCGGACAACGUGCAUCGUAAUAUACGCGCAGAUUUUUGAAAAAAAAAUAAAUUAAUAAACAAUCCAAUUGCUAAAACUGCAGGGUAUUUGUUCUAAGAGUCCAUAGAGAACAAUGAUGGAAGUUGUGAAUAAGAAGCGACGUAAGGUAUCAAUGAAAAAGAAGAGAUCGUGGCGCAAGCAUAUUGAUACAAAAGAUGUUGAUUCGUUUCUCGAAAAUGAACGACUUGAGGAACGUCUUGGUGCACCGUUUACCAAAAGGAGUGAUAACGAUUUAUUCGUUGUUGACACAAUGAAGGAAGAACCAGCAGAUAAAGGUCUUACCACUGAGAAGGAAAAACGUAGAUCGCUUUUAAAAAGCCAAGAACUUAGAUGCUUGGCUGUUCUAAAGCCUCACACAGCAGUGCCAGACCCUAUAGCUAAAAGGAAUCGUGUGAAAUCGCUUGAAGAGCGUAAAAAUCCGAUUACAAGACGUUUGGAGAGGGAACGGAAAUUGGUGGGUGAUUUGAAACUGAAAGAAAAACUUGCUGCUAAGAAUAAGGAAUUUACUGCUGCUAGAAGAUUGGACAAACCCAAAAGAGGAGAAUUCAAUAGUGAUGUAUGGAAUGAAAACAAAAAGGCUGUGAUUCCUGGAGUUGAUAAUCAAUGGCUCACUUCUGACACAACAAGACACACUUUAGCAAAUCAAGGAGUAAGGAAAAGGAAAAUUCCCACUUCUGUGCUUAAGAAGCCAUCUGAAAUUCCAGCGCUUGAUGUACCGCAUCCUGGAACCUCUUAUAAUCCCUCUUAUGACGAUCAUCAAGAUUUAUUGCGUCAAGUUGUAAAAAAAGAAAUGAAAUUAAUGAAGGAAGAAGCUCACUUAAAUAGAGUCACUAACAAAAUGUUCCAGAAAGUGUCUAUCGAGCAAAGGGAUAAAAUCUGGUUGCAAGAAUCUUCCGAAGGCUUGCCCCUGAAUCAGAAAGCUAAAAAACUUGUAAAAGAAACAGAAAACGAAGAAAAUUCUAUAGUUAAAUCGGUAAAUCCACCUGUCAAAAAUGUCAAAAAGACUCUAAUUCAGAAGAGAAAGCAAAAGGAACAACGCAAAUUGGCCCUCAGGUUAAAACAUAACAAAAUUGAGAAAAAAAAGAUUUCUGACAUCUACAAACUUGAAGCACUAAAAAAACACAUUACCACUAAAGAAAAAAAACUACAAGCGUUGCGAGAGAAACGUCACAAAAUUAAAGAAAUCAAAGCCCGUGAACCUAAAACUCUCAGUAAAGUUAAAUUCGAACCUCUAGAACUGGACUUCAAACUCAGCGAAGAACUCUCUGGAAAUCUAAGAAAUUCUAAUCCUACUGGAAAUUUGCUUAUGGAUCGCUUCAAAUCUUUUCAACAGAGAAAUAUAGUUGCACCGUCUAAACGUGUCUUAAAACUUAACAAGGCCAAUGUGAAGAGAUUCGUGAAACCUGAUCACAAGAUGGAUUGGGAGAAGUAGUAAAAUAGUUCAAGUUUUAUUGUAUAAUUAUUCUUGAAGUAAUGUUAAUAAAAUGGAGUAUACAAUGCA